UUGCGCCUUGCCCGCUAACCACCAUGGUCUCCCGCAGCCUGCUCGUCUUCACGAUUGGUAUUGUUUUCGCUGGAGGAGCGAGCGCUGCAGACCAAGCGAGUUCCUCUGACAAGGGUAGCAUCUCGCGCGGCACUGCAGCAGGCAUUCUUAUCGCCCUCGCCUGCACCUUGACGCUCGCUCUCCUGCUCCUCGAGCGUCGACGAAAGCGCAAAAUUAUGGCCAGCCGCGCGAGGUUCAUGGAGAGCAGACCUCCGAGGACCCCGCUGCCGAGCAGAAGGCCUUCUACCCAUUGCCGUAGCCAACCAUGGAGAAUAAGCCCGUCCUUACGCCGCGAUGGGGAUCCUGCACUGUUCAUGGCGAUGGAAAUUGUGGCGCCACCUCCAACGUAUGAUGCCGCGCUGAGAGACAAGCAGCCUCCCUAUUAUCAACAGACAUCUUCGUCCGUGAUCAGUGCGGCCAAGUCAGAACCAUCUAUCGCCACGCAGAAUCAGGAAGGCCCAAAUCCGUGCUGACUCGCAGUUUUGAUGCGGCUUUAUUCUCGAUAGAACAUAUAUACUGACUUUGUUGUGAAGCGCUUCUACUCCUGUUUUCGUCUGGGGACGUGCCGAUGCCUCGCAGCAGCCGGCGAUAGCCUGCCUUCGCGCGUACAGAGGGUGCUGCUUCGAUUUGCUUGUGGUGUGUGUAAUUCCGCGCUCCUCCCCUACCAGUGUGCUAUCUGCGCCGUCCAUGUUCAAGCGCGGUAUAUUUAACAUUGUGCCAUGGUACUAGUUUUCAUGAUGGCGAUAUGUAGUCUCCAGAUCGUCGCUACUAGAG